AUGCCUCAACCAACUGGAUUCAUUGACUCUUCUAGACCUCACUAUGUUUGCAAGCUGCAAAAAUCAUUGGUCUUCGUCAAGCUUCUAGAGAAUGGUGACUUAAAAAUUCUGAUCCUUAUCUUGGAUGACAUAAUUGUUACAGAAAACAAUCUUUGCCUCAUUCAACGAUUCAUUGAUAAACUCAACAACAUCUUUGCUUUAAAGGACUUCGGACAUCUCAAUUUUUUCUUGGGCAUUGAAGUUUACAGAGAUACACAUGGAAUAUAUCUCAUUCAACAAAAAUACAGUGCUACUCUUUUAAAGAGACUAGGCUUUGAGAAUCUAAAGCCAACAGCUACUCCCACCAUCCAUGGCAAGCAUCUAUCAGCUCAUGAUGGACAACCAAUUGAAAAUCCAACCCUGUAUCGCAGUGCAAUUGGAGGAAUUGGAGAAUUUGUUGAGGGCAAGUCGAGUGCUUUCAAGGAUGUGAAAGUGUUGCUGGAGUAUGAUAGGAAGAUGCAUUUAUGCAGGAGCUUGAAGCCGCUUAGGAUGCUCUAG